UCACUCCCGGACAGGAACGCACACCUGGUUUUUCUCACCUGCAUGAUGGAGAACUAGACAGUUAAAGAGAAACCAAAGCAAGCAGAGCUGAGUGGAGUGAGAGAGCGCCAUGCCCUGCGCCUUCUGACUCACACACACACACACGCUUCCAACCGAGAGAGAGAGAGAGAGAGAGAGAGAUGAUUCAGCCCGAGCUCCACAAUCAUGUGGCUCCGAACCCGGAGCCCGGUCCUGCAGACUCAGACCCAGCGUCCCCCCGCCUGCUGCACCGGAUCCGGAGAGUCUUCACCAGAGAGCUUCUCCUCACACUGGCGCUCGGUCAGAUCCUUUCUUUGCUCAUCUGCGGGAUUGGACUGACUAGCAAGUACCUGGCCACUGAUUACCAUGCCAACACACCCGUGUUCCAGUGCUUUCUCAACUACAUCCUGCUGUUCCUUGUCUAUACCACAACACUCGCAGUCAGGCAGGGCGAAGAGAAUUUACUGGCGAUCCUGAAGAGACGCUGGUGGAAGUACAUGAUCCUCGGAGUGAUCGAUAUCGAAGCCAACUACCUGGUCAUUAAAGCUUACCAGUACACCACACUUACCAGUGUGCAGUUACUGGACUGCUUCGUCAUCCCUGUCGUGCUCCUGCUAUCCUGGUUCUUCCUGUUGGUGAGGUAUAAGGUGGUGCAUUUUGUUGGCGUGGGCGUCUGCCUGCUCGGCAUCGGCUGCAUGGUUGGAGCCGACGUGCUGGUGGGACGACAGCAGGGUCUUGGGGACCAUAAGCUGCUAGGAGACCUGCUGGUUCUGGCUGGUGCCACGCUAUAUGGCAUCUCUAACGUGUGUGAGGAAUUCAUUGUGAAGAACCUGAGUCGUGUAGAGUUCCUGGGCAUGAUGGGCCUCUUCGGUUCCUUCUUCAGCGGCAUCCAACUAGCCAUCAUGGAACACAAGGAGUUGUUGAAGGUGCAGUGGGACUGGCAGAUAGGUUUACUCUACAUCGGAUUCAGUGCCUGCAUGUUUGGCCUGUACAGCUUCAUGCCUGUGGUGAUCAAAAGGACCAGUGCCACGACGGUCAACCUGUCUCUGCUCACCGCCGACCUGUACAGCCUCUUCUGUGGCCUCUUUCUAUUUCAGUACAAGUUUUCAGCUCUCUACCUACUGUCGUUCUUCAUCAUCUUGCUCGGCUUGGUGAUCUACUCGUCCUCGUCGACCUACAUCGCGCAGGACCCUCGCGUUUAUAAGCAGUUCCGCAACACAGGAAAUCCUGUCCCGGAUACGCCCAACGUCGGGCCCUUGGAGCCCUCAGUGACCUACAGCAGCCUGGGGCAGGAGAUAGAGGACGAGCCUCGGGUCCGGGUUGCCUGAAGGGGCGGAGUCUCAUGCACGCAAUUAUCCACAGCCCCUCCCACAGCGUGUAGAAAGUGAAUGAUGAUUGUCACAGAAUAAUGUAUAUAACCACGUAGCAAACAAGUACACUGUGAUCACGAACUGUGAAUAGGUAGCAGUGAUCUCGGACUGUUUCGGAUCCAUGGUGUAUAAACGUCAUCGCCUGCACACGCAACAGUUUAAGUGUUUAAGGAUCUGUGCUGACUGUUUGUGCAAAAUCUCAGUUGUGACUUUUGUUUUCUUACAUGAGCACAAAAGGUUUCAGUGUACCUGAAAUUGUUUAUUUUGCUAUUGUUAAUAUUUUAAAGGAACAAAUCAGCCAAAAA